UCUAUUACUUCCUCCAUCUCCUUCUCCCUUCUCACCAAACAAACUUGUGUGCUUGAUAGUGGUGAAGAAUUUAUAAUAUUCGAUCGGAUCGAAGAUGAAUAUAUUCAGAUUAACAGGUGACAUGACUCACCUGUUCAGCGUUCUCGUCUUGCUCCUCAAGAUCCACACCAUUAAAUCUUGUGCCAGUAUUUCAUUGAAGACGCAAGAACUAUACGCUGUCGUUUUUGCUACUCGUUACUUGGAUAUAUUUUCUGAUUUUAUACCCUUAUACAAUACAAUCAUGAAGUUAAUAUUCUUGGGUAGCUCAUUUUCAAUUGUUUGGUAUAUGAGGCAUCAUAAGAUUGUUCGAAGGUCUUAUAAUAAAGACCAAGAUACCUUCCGCCAUUUCUUCCUUGUUUUGCCUUGCUUUCUCUUGGCUCUUCUUAUUCAUGAGAAAUUCACUUUUAAAGAGGUGAUGUGGACGUUUUCAGUGUUUUUAGAAGCUGUUGCUAUACUUCCUCAACUUGUACUGUUACAGAGGACUAGAAACAUUGACAAUUUGACUGGCCAAUACGUUUUUCUUCUUGGUGCUUACAGAGGAUUAUACAUUCUCAACUGGAUUUAUCGCUACUUCACUGAACCACACUUUGUUCAUUGGAUACCGUGGAUUUCAGGAAUAGUUCAAACGUUGCUUUAUACUGACUUCUUCUAUUAUUAUUUGGACAGCUGGAAGAGCAACAAAAGGCUUCAAUUGCCAGCUUAAAGUUAUUCUCUCCAGCUUAAUUGAAGUUGAAAUUGUUAGGCAGUGGCCAAGGACAUGCCAAGGAUUUCAAGCUGCUGUUAAGAAUAUGUUACUCUUGAAGUGCAAUUGCCAGUAUUCUUCUGCCUACGUAUAUAAU